UUAAUUGGAAGCACUAAGCUAAUAGACAUGUAAAAGGAUAUUCAGUUUAUGGUUGUAAAUUGAAAUUUCAAUAUAGAAGAUUUAUGGUGGUAUAAGUUAAGAGACUGUAACUGCUUCGUUCUCCAGCAAUUCAGACAAAACCUAUCUCCCUACCACAACAGAACAAAUCCAAUCUCCACGAUUAUUUAAGGCCAAACCUAGAUCAACGUGUACCGGGUUUGGUGAUGCUGUGAAACUCGUUUGAGAUAUUGAAGAAGCUAGUGGAAUGGAAGAAAGUGACCGCGUUGCGAGAAGAUGGGAGGACUUGGACAUUGAUAUCUUGGUGAAGAUCUUCCAGUCUUUCGACAUCGUUGAGUUAACUUCAGGCAUUGCUACAGUCUGCACAUCUUGGCGUAUGGCCUGUUGUGAUCCUCUACUUUGGAGAACACUUGAUUUAUCGAUGAUGAAGUCAAAUUUCAUCAAGAUUCCAUUGGAGCCUUAUGUAUAUGUGGAUGCUCGUUCUGACAAGACAUUGAAUCAUUUGUUGAAGACAUCUUUGAGUCUCAGCCAAGGAAACAUAAUGACCUUGAUUUUUCACUUCAAUCUAUAUGUCAGCGAUGAUCUAUUGACCUAUACUGCUGAAAGGUGCCCACGCCUCCGACGUCUUGUAAUGCCAGCUUGGAACAGAAUAAAGAAAACAGGAAUAUGCAAAGCUAUUCGCAUCUGGCAGGAUCUCGAAUCUCUAACAAUGCCUAGCAUAGCAAACCCUCCAUAUCUCUUGGAAGAAAUUGCCAAUAAUUGCAAGAAUUUCAGUGAACUCAAAGUGAUGGGACCUUUCGACAACUUCUUUGCGGCUACAAUAAUAACGUAUCUACCAAAGGUAAGGGUUUUGAGCCUCCGUUGCUCAAUGCUUGUGAAGGAUACCUUGAUCUCCAUCUUGGAUGAGUUGCGAAACCUAGAAGUGCUUAACAUUUCUCACUGCCUUUUGAUUGAAAUACCGCCUCCUCCUGCCCCAAGAAGAAUUAUGAGGGAGCUUGAUCAGUGUAUUCUUGACAAGGCAUCUCGGUUACGUGAAUUUCUAACAUGCAUGAAAGAUUCAUGCAUCAUGUGUCAACGAACUAGAAACGAUGAAGGGCUUAUGAGGUGGUAUAAGUAUGAAGAAGGAGUAUGGAAAGCUGAUGAGGUGAGCUCACUUUCCCUUUGAUUUGAGCCGUUUUGAGUUUGUAUUGACGAGGAUGAGAUAUGUACAAUUCGAUAAAAGCUCGUUCUCAUUUUCGUGAUGGAUAGCUCUUGUGCGCUUAUGUGGUUGGGUAGGAAGCAUAGCUUACUUUCCGUCUUUGGUUAAUGUAUUUCCUUGUAUGCUGUAAACAAAAUAAGUUGUUGAAUGCUGAUAGUUGAGAAGUGUCAUUUAUCAUGCAUAAUGUUUCGUUUGGAAGGUUGUAGGUCUAGCUCGCGGAAUAGGCAUCUAUAUCUCAUUACUGUAUAUAUGGUCCGCUUUUUUUCGAUUUACAUAUGAUAGGAUCUUUGUUUAGGUAGAUUCCGGAAUGUGGAUUUGUAGACAGUUGGAAAGGAAAACAUUAAUCAAUAUUCAUGGAUUCUUAUUUUA